CAUGCGCAUCUUAUGUCUGCCCUUCCGAAGCUGCUGGAGAAUGCGUAGAAACGCGGCUACAUUUUAGUUACCAACGUUUAAACUAACGGAAAUACACAUUUGUUAGAAGAAAAUUUCAUGGAACAUACUGACCUGCACCUCUCAGAACAGCCCAUGACAGGGAUGUUGGACACGGACAGCCCUGUGAGUGGGGGAUCUCCUGCAAUGGAAGGCAAUGGAGAUGGCUUCCUGCCUGACCUUCCUGUUCUAACACAUGCUGCUGAAUGGACCAUGGACCAGGUUCCUCCUGAUAACCUCACAACGGUUAUUCAUGACUCAAAUUCAAACUCAGAGUCAGAUCAGUCAUCACCAGGGGUACUGCAGCGGGACCAACAGUCUGAUCUAGGGUCAGUUGAACAGGCGGUGCAGCACUUCCAGCUAGCAAGUGCAGAGCUAUUCCAGGCAGUGCACCAGGAGCAGGAUGGUUCCGAUGAGCAGUCCCGUUCUCCGCAGGUAGAACAACAGAAUCAGAUGGAGGAGUCGUCAGAAGAGAGCCAGGAUGGACAGAAGAACACGGCAGAGUCUCUGAUUCACGGCCAGCAGAUGUCUACGGCUAUUGAACAGCAACUGGAACAAGAGCCAGCCCAGCCACCAAUGGUUACAGAAGAUGGUAGUCCAACGAACAUGGAGCUGGAAGAAUUUAAGACUGAACAGGGGGAACCUGUUGAGGAACCCCCUGUCCCUCCAGAGCCUACAGAGCCUCUCUUACCUGCCGAGUUCGAGAAGCUGGCUAAAGGAUGUGAAGAGAACCCAGAAGACUUUAAUGGCUGGGUCUACCUUCUGCAGUAUGUGGAGCAAGAGAAUCAUCUUGGCGCUGUGAGGGCGGCAUUUGAUGCAUUUUUCCUGCGCUACCCUUACUGCUACGGCUACUGGAAGAAGUAUGCCGACAUCGAGAAGAAGCACGGCAACGCACAGGUGGCAGAGGAGGUGUACCGGCGGGGUGUGCAGGCCAUCCCCCUCAGUGUGGACCUGUGGCUCCACUAUCUGUCCUUCAUCAAGGAAAACGCUGACCCUGAAGACCCAGAGACUACGUCCCGCAUUAGAGCUGCAUAUGAGCAUGCUGUUCUGGCGGCCGGGACAGACUUCCGCUCUGACCGGCUUUGGGAGACCUACAUCAAUUGGGAGACGGAGCAAGGGAAACUGGCCAAUGUCACGGCCAUCUACGACCGCAUCUUGGGCAUCCCCACUCAGCUCUACUCACAGCACCUCCAGAGAUUCAAAGAGCAUGUGCAAAGCAACAACCCUAAACACUUCCUGUCAGAGGAGGAGUUUGUCCAGCUGAGGGUGGAGCUUGCUAAAGCCAAUAUAGCCCCAGUCAGUGAGGACGGAGAGGGAGAGGAAACGCCGCCAGUUGAGCCUGAGGAUCUCCCAGCCGGCACUGAGGACCUCCCAGAUCCUGCAAAGAGGGUGACGGAGAUCGAGAACAUGCGCCACAGAGUGAUCGAGUCACGCCAGGAGCUGUUUAACCAAAACGAGCAGGAGGUCAGCAAACGUUGGACCUUCGAGGAGGGGAUAAAGCGGCCCUACUUCCACGUCAAAGCCCUGGAGAAGACCCAGCUAAGCAACUGGAAGGAAUAUCUGGACUUUGAGAUUGAGAAUGGCACUCCUGAACGCGUGGUUGUUCUGUUCGAACGUUGCCUCAUCGCCUGUGCUCUCUACGAGGAAUUCUGGACAAAGUACGCAAAGUAUCUAGAGAGCUACAGCAUUGAGGGAGUGCGACAUGUGUACAAGAAGGCCUGCACCGUCCACCUGCCCAAGAAGCCCAACAUCCACCUGCUAUGGGCUGCCUUUGAGGAGCAGCAGGGGAGUAUUGAGGAGGCGCGUGGGAUCCUGAAGUCUCUGGAGGAGGCGGUACCAUCCCUGGCCAUGGUACGUCUGCGGCGGGUGAGUCUGGAGCGUCGCCACGGCAACCUGGAGGAGGCGGAGGCCCUGUUGAGGGAGGCAAUGACAUCGGGGAAGAACGCCAGCGAGACCUCUUUCUACGCCGUUAAGCUGGCCCGGCAACUGCUGAAGGUGCAGAGGAGCCUAACCAAGGCCCGCAAGGUCCUCCUGGAAGCCAUCGACCAGGACCAGACGAGUCCUAAGCUGUAUCUGAACCUCCUGGAGCUAGAGUACAGCGGAGACGUGCAGCAGAACGAGGCGGACAUCUUGGCCUGUUUUGACCGUGCGCUUAACAGCCCGCUGCCCUUGGAUUCCCGCCUCACCUUCUCUCAGCGCAAGGUGGAGUUCCUCGAGGACUUUGGCAGUGACAUCAACAAAUUGGUGGUUGCUUAUGAUGAACACCAGAAGCUUCAGAAAGAACAUGAGUCGACAAAGAGGAAAGCAGAGAAUGGUUCCCAGGAGCCUGAGUCAAAGAGACAACGGACAGAAGACCACUCCAUCUCAGGCCACAUGAUGCAGGGAGACAACUCCGCCUACAACUACAACUGGUACCAGCAGCAGUACAACAACUGGGGCCAGAACUCAUGGGGACAGUACAACCAGUACGCCCAGCAGUACAACCAGUACUACCCCCCUCCACCCACAUGAUGUCUCAGACGGCCAGAGAGCCUUCUGAGAGGAUUCGCAGAAGAAGCAUCCUUUCUACUCAGCCCAGUUGCUUAGCUCAGCUAGACCCUGUUCUUUGAUUGUUAUUUGAUGUCAUUUGUUUCCUUUUUUUCCAUUUGAUUGAAACAUUCACUGUCAUCACCAUCUCAACUUUCAGUCAUUCAUGGACUGGCUGCUUUUUGUGUUCUUUACGCAUGUGUGUCAGUGCAAAUUUCCAAAUAAUUUUAUUUCCCGCUUAGUUGAAACAAGGCAAAGUUAAUUUUGUUUUCUUUUUUUUUAUUGGAUGACUGAUUAGUUUGGUCCCUCAAUCUCUUGGGGAAACUAGUUGUUUGAUACAGGUUAUAGAUUUGUAUGGAGGUAGUGGUACCAGUGACACGCCUCCCUGAGCCUCUACACCUAAAAUGCGAGAUUUUAAAGAUUUCAAAGUUUUGGUUUCCUGGGACAAGAAGCGAAAUGUUUCUUUUUUUAAUUUUUGACCUAAUUUCAUAAUAAAGAGAUUGAUAUUGUA